CGCCCCGCGGCCGCCCCACCCCAGGAACCGUCUCCAGCCCAGGGGAAGCCGCCGCCGCCGCCGCAGCCAUGGCCGCCACCGGGGUGCUGCCCUUCAUUCGGGGCGUAGACCUCAGCGGGAAUGACUUUAAGGGUGGGUAUUUUCCCGAACAUGUCAAAGCUAUGACCAGUCUGAGGUGGCUGAAGCUGAACCGGACUGGGCUCUGCUACCUGCCUGAAGAGCUUGCUGCCCUUCAGAAACUGGAACACCUGUCUGUGAGCCACAAUAACUUGACCACUCUCCAUGGGGAGCUGUCCAGCCUCCCCUGCCUGCGGGCAAUUGUGGCUCGAGCCAACAGCCUGAAGAAUUCUGGGGUGCCAGAUGACAUCUUCCAGCUGGAUGACCUCUCUGUCCUGGACCUGAGCUACAACCAGCUGACAGAAUGUCCCCGGGAGCUGGAGAAUGCCAAGAACAUGCUGGUGCUCAAUCUCAGUCACAACAGCAUUGAUAACAUCCCCAACCAACUCUUUAUCAACCUGACUGACCUGCUGUAUCUGGAUGUGAGUGACAACAAGCUGGAAAGCCUGCCCCCCCAGAUGAGACGCCUUGUACAUCUGCAGACACUGAUUCUCAAUAACAACCCCCUUAUGCAUGCCCAACUCAGGCAGCUCCCUGCAAUGACAGCCCUACAGACCUUGCACCUCCGGAACACCCAGCGCAUCCAGAGCAACCUUCCUACUAGCCUGGAGGGCCUGACCAACCUUGCAGAUGUGGACCUGUCCUGCAAUGACCUGACCUGGGUGCCUGAGUGCCUGUACACCCUUCCCAACCUUCGCCGCCUCAACUUGAGCAGCAACCAGAUCUCUGAGCUGUCUCUAUGCAUUGACCAGUGGAUCCAGAUGGAGACACUGAAUCUGUCUCGAAACCAGCUCACCUCUCUCCCAUCUGCCAUCUGCAAGCUGACUAAGCUGAAAAAGUUAUACCUAAACUCCAACAAAGUGGAUUUUGAUGGCAUCCCCUCCAGUAUUGGAAAGCUGGCCAACCUGGAGGAGUUCAUGGCAGCCAACAACAACUUGGAACUCAUUCCUGAGAGCCUGUGCAGGUGCACCAAACUGAGAAAGUUGAUCCUCAACAAGAACCGACUGGUGACGCUGCCUGAGGCCAUCCACUUCCUGACGGAAGUAGAGGUCCUGGAUGUGCGAGAGAACCCCAACUUGGUGAUGCCUCCCAAACCAGCAGACCAUUCCUCAGAAUGGUACAAUAUUGACUUUUCGCUGCAGAACCAACUGCGUCUGGCGGGCGCUUCCCCAGCUACCGUGGCCGCUGCUGGUGCAGGGAGUGGGCCCAAAGAUCCAUUGGCUCGAAAGAUGCGUCUUCGGAGACGUAAAGAUUCAGCCCAGGAUGACCAAGCAAAGCAGGUGCUGAAGGGCAUGUCAGAGGUGGCUCAGGAGAAGAACAAAAAAUUGGAGGAGAACACGGAUGUGAAGAUGUCGGACACGAAAGGCAGGCGCUGGGACCAGGGCUUGGAGAAGCCACCGCUGGACUACUCGGAAUUCUUCACGGAAGACGUGGGCCAGCUGCCGGGCCUCACCAUCUGGCAGAUCGAGAACUUUGUGCCCACCAUGGUGGAUGAGGCUCUGCACGGCAGGUUCUAUGAGGCCGACUGCUACAUUGUGUUAAAGACAUACCUGGAUGAGAGCGGCUCCUUGAAUUGGGAGAUCUAUUACUGGAUCGGUGGGGAGUCCACCUUGGACAAGAAAGCCUGCUCAGCCAUCCACGCAGUCAACCUUCGGAAUUACUUGGGGGCCGAGUGCCGGACCAUCCGGGAGGAGAUGGGUGACGAGAGCGAGGAGUUCCUUCAGGUGUUUGACCAUGAGAUCUCGUACAUCGAGGGGGGCACAGCCAGCGGCUUCUACACUGUGGAAGACACCCACUACAUCACCAGGCUGUACCGAGUCUUUGGGAAGAAGAACAUCAAACUGGAGCCUGUGCCUCUUAAGGGUGCUUCUCUGGAUCCUCGGUUCGUCUUCCUCCUGGACCAUGGACUGGACAUCUAUAUUUGGAGAGGGGCCCAAGCCACGCUGAGUGGUACUACCAAAGCCAGGUUAUUUGCAGAAAAGAUCAACAAGAAUGAGCGGAAAGGUAAAGCAGAGAUCAUGCUUCUGUCCCAGGGACAGGAAGUCCCUGAGUUUUGGGAGGUGCUGGGUGGAGAGCCCCACGAGAUUAUGAGGCACGUCCCUGAUGACUUCCGUCCUGCCCGGCCCAAACUCUACAAGGUGGGCCUCGGAUUGGGUUACCUGGAAUUGCCCCAAAUCAACUACAAGCUCUCAGUGGAACACAAGAAACGGCCUAAAGUGGAACUGAUGCCUGAGAUGAGGCUGCUGCAGAGCCUACUGGAUACCAAGUCAGUAUACAUUCUGGACUGCUGGUCUGAUGUAUUCAUCUGGGUGGGCCGCAAGUCCCCACGCCUCGUACGGGCUGCUGCCCUCAAGCUGGGACAGGAGCUCUGCAGCAUGCUGCACCGACCCCGGCAUGCCAUGGUCAGCCGCAACCUUGAGGGCACCGAGUGUCAGGUUUUUAAGGCCAAGUUUAAGAACUGGGAUGAUGUGCUGAAAGUAGACUAUACCCGCAAUGCCGAAUCAGUGGUGCAAGGUGACGGGCUGGCAGGCAAGGUGAAGAAGGACACGGAGAAGAAGGACCAGAUGAAGGCCGACCUAACAGCCCUGUUUCUUCCACGUCAGCCACCCAUGGCUUUGGCUGAGGCAGAACAGCUGAUGGAAGAAUGGAAUGAAGACCUGGAUGGUAUGGAGGGUUUUGUCCUCGAAGGCAAAAAGUUCGCCCGCCUGCCUGAGGAGGAGUUUGGUCACUUCCAUACCCAAGACUGUUACGUCUUCCUCUGCAGGUACUGGGUCCCUGUAGAAUAUGAAGAAGAGGAAAAGAAGAAAAAAGCAGGUCCUGGGGCAUCCGAAGGAGAAGGGGAAGGAGAACAGGAUGCUGAGGAGGAGGAGGAGGCAGCCACAGCAGAGGAGAAACAGCCCGAGGAGGAUUUCCAGUGUGUGGUCUACUUCUGGCAGGGAAGGGAAGCCUCCAACAUGGGCUGGCUCACCUUCACCUUCAGCUUGCAGAAAAAGUUUGAGAGCCUCUUCCCAGGCAAACUGGAGGUGGUCCGAAUGACUCAGCAGCAGGAGAACCCCAAGUUCCUGUCCCACUUCAAGAGAAAGUUCAUUAUCCACAAGGGGAAGAGAAAAGCUCCAGAGAAUGCUCAGCAACCCAGCCUUUACCACAUUCGCACCAAUGGCAGUGCCCUCUGCACCCGAUGUAUCCAGAUCAACACAGACUCCAGCUUACUCAACUCUGAAUUCUGCUUUAUCCUCAAGGUCCCCUUUGAGAGCACAGACAAUCAAGGCAUCGUGUACACGUGGGUAGGACGGGCAGCCGACCCCGAUGAGGCCAAGUUAGCUGAGGAUAUCAUGAACCACAUGUUCAACGACUCAUACAGCAAGCAGGUAAUUAAUGAGGGAGAAGAGCCAGAGAACUUCUUCUGGGUGGGCAUUGGGGCUCAGAAACCCUACGACGAAGAUGCCGACUACAUGAAGUAUGCCCGACUCUUCAGGUGCUCCAAUGAGAAAGGUUACUUCUCAGUGUCGGAAAAGUGUUCGGACUUCUGCCAGGAUGACUUGGCUGAUGAUGACAUCAUGCUGUUGGACAAUGGUCGGGAGGUCUACAUGUGGGUGGGGACUCAGACAAGCCAGGUGGAGAUCAAGCUGAGCCUGAAGGCCUGCCAGGUUUACAUCCAGCACAUGCGGUCCAAGGACCAGGAGCACCCUCGAAAGCUCCGACUGGUCCGCAAGGGUAACGAACAACACCCGUUCACCCGAUGCUUCCAUGCCUGGAGUACCUUCCGGAAACCGCCCGCCUAGCUGGGUGCAGACUAGCCUAGACUCUUCUUGCUCCUGACCCAAGGCCGCUAGCGUCAGCACAAGCUUUAAAAGGCUUCUCCUCCCUGUGAGAAGUUGGGUCCAGGGCUGCCCCGGCGGCCCCUGUGCUAUUGGCCCUUGUGUUUGGAGGGGAUGGCUUUCUUCUUUCUCACCGUUCCUAUCAGACUUCUAGGGUCUGGCUGCCUGCACUGCUUGUUCUUAAGCUGUUUUGUGGCCAAAGCCAUAGAAAGCUCCAGAUAACUCUGCUUGGGGGCAUCUCAGGCGUUUGGGGUGGAGCUGAACCAUCCAGUGGGCAGAAGGGGACAGUGUUUCUGAGGAGCAGCGCUGGGCCAAAGACGAGGCAAGCUCCUUCGCGUCUCACGACCCAUGCUGCUCCCUCUCCACACUGUGACUUACCUGGCCCUGCAUCCCCUUCCCCCCCAUCCCUUGCCUAGGGCCCCUUCACUGGACUCACUGCACCUUCUCCAUCAGUCCUGGCAGCACCUGGUGUAUUGUAUUGUUGGAAUAAAAAUGGGCCCUGUUGCCGACAGCACAGACGCGUGGAUUAGUGGUGGUUUGGGGUGAGGGAGCCACUGGUGGGAUUGUUCCCGCCCCUACUUGAUUUCCCGGGGACUCCCCUGCCCCCUUUUCCUGAUGAAAUAGCUGAGUCCUUGGAAUUCUGAGAACUGAAUAAGGUAGGAAGGCUGUCUGCAGUGGGACCAGGUUGUCCAGAGGAAGGAAGUGAACCUCCUGCUAGAGCAGCACCUGGCCUCAUCUGGGCUACGCAAGGCAACGAGCCGGCAUGUUUGCUCGCUCCUACGCCUGGUGGUGGUGUUGGGCAACAUGAAGCCGGCUCUCAUUUUGUUAGGGUUAAAGGUGAAAUCUGAAUCAGAUCUGGACUAACCAAGUCCACCACUUGGAACCCUGCCGAGGUCCUGGCCCAUUGUUAGAACCAAGGCUGUAUGGGGCAGGAAGCAGAUGCAUCAGCCUUUUAAGAUACUAAAUGCUUUAUUUUCAAUAUUAAAAACCAGUAUUUUUAAUACCUAAAACAAUGCUAAUUAAUCUUAACAAAAAGACCCCCCCUCAAAAAAAAAGAUACAUUCUACAAAAGAAGCCCCCUGUCACCACUCCUCCCCAACCCCCCAGGACACAAAAUGGGAGCAUGGUCAGUCGGCACGUUUGUUGGCCUGGAGAGGGGCUCAAACACACUCGGACACACUCACAGCAGGAACCAUCCAGGAGCGAGAAUACCAAAAUAACUUUAGAAAUCUUUUUUGUCCAAGUCCCAGUGAGGCAAGCUCG